CUUUGAUUCGUUGCUUCUGCGUCAGAGCUUGGGUUCUGGAAGCCAUCUUAGCCCAGCUGUGCGAGUGCCAGCCGGUGUUGGAGGGGCGAGAAUAACGCACGCCACUGGAUCACGUGAGACCUCGUCUGACCGUUGAUGGCAUGUGGGGGUCCUCACGUUAACAUGGUGCCUCGUUUCUCCCGAGCUAGAGCUCCCUCGGAUUCUGCCAUUUGAACCUGGAGGGAAGUCACAUUCUGUGACUCCUUUUAUCUCAGUCCGUGUGUCCGCUAAUUAGGGAAAACUUAGACUCGCAAGGCUCCUUCUUUUCUCCUCUUGGACGACAGCACAGAUAACAUCAGUAUUCUUUGGAUUACUGAGGGAAAGAGGUCUGCUGUGAGGUGGAUUUCCACAUUUGUUACAUACAUAGACCCUUCCACCCCAAACUCGGGGUGGGGGUGGUUUGGGAACUUCAUGGACUGUAGGCAACGUUUAGGCCUGUAGAGUCAUUGGGAAAAGUCAUUUCAGGAGCUAGAAGUUUUUGUUGGACCAUUCUGAACUCCACACAUGGGCACCUUAAAUAAUCCAAGGAUUCCUGAGCUGGAAGAAAGAGUGUGUUUAUAUUUUAGGCAAUUCUUUUAUCCAUCUAGAAGGGGGAAAAAAUCUCCCUAUUUGAAAAUUUCUCAUUUCCAAAUUCAUAGCCAAGUGGUAAGCUCACAGGCUUCUGGCUGUCCUGCAGCUUUGUGAGAGGCAGGGCCUUGUACUGCAUAUUUGGUCCUUAUCUCUGUUACUUUAGCUCUUGAAGCUUGCUGAUUACAACUUUUAGCCGCCAAGUCCUGUCCUGAACUAUUAUCUGGAACAAAAAGUUUCCAUGCGGCCUGCCUUGGCUGUUUGUGACAGGGACAGCGCACCGUGGAGGUGCGGUUUGGAGAGGAGAAGCUGCUGGAAGGGGAAAUGCAUGGAAGCGAAGGUGGUUUGUGUUACGCAGUGGCCGUUUGACUGGAGACCCCGACGUCCUGGAGUACUACAAAAAUGACCACGCCAAGAAGCCCAUCCGGAUUAUUGAUCUAAACUUGUGCCAGCAAGUCGAUGCCGGGCUGACAUUCAACAAGAAGGAGUUUGAAAACAGCUACAUCUUUGAUAUCAACACCAUCGACCGGAUCUUCUACUUGGUGGCGGACAGUGAGGAGGACAUGAACAAGUGGGUUCGUUGCAUCUGCGACAUCUGUGGAUUCAACCCCACAGAAGAAGAUCCCGUGAAGCCCCUUGGCCACUCCUCACAAACACCAGCUGACUCACCUCUAGGCGCGUCGGCCUCCACCCAGCCGGACGCCUCUCCGGUCGCGCUACCUCCGUCUUACCAGCUCAUCAGCCUCCCGCCACACCCAGACACUCUGGGCCUCCAGGACGAUCCACAAGACUACCUCUUGCUGAUCAACUGUCAAAGCAAGAAGCCCGAACCCACCAGCCAAGGGUCAUCUUUUGUUUCUGAAGAAGGAGAGGAGUACCUACUGCUAGAAGAUUUUGAAAGCAAAGCGGUCCCAUUGCAAUCCCACGUCGACUCUGCAAAGCCCACCUCUUCUGAAACAGACUGCAAUGACAACGUCCCUUCCCAUAAGCCUCCUGCUUCCUCCCAGAGCAGACAUGGAGUGAAUGGCUUUUUUCAGCAGCAACUGCUGUAUGACUGCCCGCCACCCCGAGCUCCAGCUGUCUCUGUAGACUCCAGCCUCUAUAACCUGCCCAGGAGUUAUUCCCAUGACGUGUUGCCAAAGGAGUCUCCGUCAGGUACUGAAGCAGAUGGAGAGCUGUACAUCUUCAAUACCCCAACUGGGACUUCGAGUGUAGAAACUCAGAUGAGACAUGUGUCCAUCAGUUACGACAUUCCGCCAACACCUGGUAACACUUACCAGAUUCCACGGACAUUUCCAGAAGGCACCUUGGGACAGUCAUCCAAGCUGGACACCAUUCCUGAUAUUCCCCCACCUCGACCACCAAAGCCACAUCCGACCCAUGACCGGUCUCCUGUGGAAACGUGUGGCGUCCCACGCACAGCCUCAGACAACGACAGCAGUUACUCUAUCCCUACAGCAGGCGUGCCGCCAUCCCGGAGUAAUACUGUUUCCACCGUGGAUCUGAACAAGUUACGGAAAGACGCUAGCUCUCAAGAUUGCUAUGAUAUUCCACGAACCUUCCCAAGCGAUAGAUCUAGUUCCCUGGAAGGCUUCCAUAACCAGUCUAAAAUCAAAAAUGUGUUGACAGUGGGAAGUGUCUCAGGUGAAGAACUGGAUGAAAACUAUGUCCCCAUGAAUCCCAACUCGCCACCACGACAACAUUCCAGCAGCUUGACGGAACCAAUUCAGGAACCAAAUUAUGUGCCAAUGACCCCUGGGACAUUUGAUUUUUCUUCAUUUGGAAUGCAAGUCCCUCCUCCUGCUCAUUUGGGCUUCAGGUCCAGCCCAAAGACCCCUCCCAGGAGGCCAGUUCCUGCUGCUGACUGUGAACCACCCCCAGUGGAUAGGAACCUCAAGCCAGACAGAAAAGGUCAGAGUCCUAAAAUUUUAAGACCCAAACCCCAUGGUUUAGAGCGAACUGAUUCACAAACCAUAGCUGACUUUGCUACAAGAAGAAAGGCCAAGCCGGCACCUCUGGAAAUAAAGCCUCUGCCAGAGUGGGAAGAGCUGCAAGCUCCGGUCAGAUCUCCCAUCACCAGGAGCUUCGCUCGCGACUCCUCUAGAUUUCCCAUGUCCCCUCGACCUGACUCUGUGCACAGUACGACCUCGAGCAGCGACUCUCACGACAGCGAAGAGAACUACGUCCCCAUGAACCCGAACCUGUCCAGUGAAGAUCCGAAUCUCUUUGGCAGUAACAGCCUUGAUGGAGGGAGCAGCCCUAUGAUCAAGCCCAAAGGAGAUAAACAGGUCGAGUACCUCGAUCUAGACCUGGAUUCUGGGAAAUCCACCCCGCCACGGAAGCAAAAGAGCAGUGGGUCUGGCAGCGUGGCUGACGAGAGAGUGGACUACGUGGUGGUGGACCAGCAGAAGACUCUAGCCCUCAAGAGCACCCGGGAAGCGUGGACGGACGGGAGGCAGUCCACAGAGUCCGAAACUCCCACCAAGAGUGUGAAGUGAAGAUAACCAUUGCCACUGCCGAACAAAGGAGAAUUGAGGAAAAGAUGGAUGCCAAGGGAAGCUGCCGAUGCUUGACUCUCUCAGGAGAGCCUGGAGCAAGCAGGGACAGAGAAAAGGACCUCUCAGACAUAUUCAAGCAAAUUAGAUCGUAAAUGGUGCUGUGUGGUGUUGAAUUUGUAACAUGUAAAUAAUGUGGGGAAAUUGAGUUUUAGUUCACAGAGAAAUGUCUGUUCCUAGUUAACACACCUGUAGUAUUACUCUAUUGAUGCACUUUUUCAUUUCAAACAUUGGUUUGGGUCUUCCCAUGUACCUUAACAGAAUUCCCUUGGGAGUUUUUUGUCUCCUCACACUACUCUACAUAACAAUACUAAGUUAAAUGAGCUACUUUUAGUUCUGGAAAUUCCAGCUGGAGCUACAGCCUAACACCAUUAAAACGAGAAGUCGGUUCAUAAAUGGGCUUCUCCCUUGAAGGUGGUAACUGGUAGCUUAAAAGAACUUCUCCUUCGUUUUUUUCCAAAAUACUGGGGAUAAUGUAUAUACUGGUGUCAAGACCUAGUUCUUUGGCUCGUGUAUACUUAGAUUUUAAUAGCAGAACUUUGUUAUUUUUUGUUAAUUACAGUGUUUUUGGUCCAUUGCGUGAAGGUUCUGCUGGGUGGGAUCUUGCACCUUUGAAGACUGUCUCUAGUUACACUAUUAAGCCCCCACAUCAUCCGCACGUGGAUUGACGAGAUGCUCUUACACGUGUUCACACGUGUUAAACAUUACUUGCAGAAGGUAGAUCACAUGACUAAUGAGGUACGUACAGGGCACUGACGUGCUAAUACACUGAUCAGGUUUAGACAGAGAGCUUCAGCUAAGUCUUUAUUAAUCCUAGUGUUGGUUUAGAAUUAAUGAAACAGUUGACACUCACUGUCAGUUACAGCAACAUACUGUGAUUCUGAAUUAAGUAGACAGUAAUUCAAGAUUAUUACUCUUAAGAAUGAAAGUCUCUCUUUGACACCGUAGUGCCCUUUCUACAAUUUUUUUUUUUACUUAAUACUCUUCUUGGCCUUAUAUUUAAAUCCCUAUGCAAUUAAUGUUUUAUAUCUGCAUUUAAAAAACAGAAAUGUCAUUUUAAUUGAUUCUUGUAUGUAGCACCUAUUGCUUUUGUGAGUAAAUGAAUUAAGAGUUUUGUACUGUGAUUUGUAUUCACUGCCCCAAUUCUCAAACCAUGGAAGCCUUGCUGUGCUGUGAGACCCUGUAGUCGUGAACGCCCCCAGCCAGACCUCUGAAUCCAGCAGAGGAACGGUGCGAGUCUGUCACCUGGACAAUGACAUUGUCUACUGGGACGUCCAGACCAUGAAUUGGUGUCGUGUAAUUGCACUUGUCUGUCUCGGCUUUGCCGUAUGACUUGGAAAGCAGCUAGCGUUGUCCAUUGUCUGCCCCAGUUACGUACAAUCUCUAUGCAUUGAUCUGAGACUCACUGAUGGCUUGGGGAGGGGACACAGAGGACAGAAUGUCCACAGCUGAGGCUUGUCUCCUCCGUUCAGACCUCUUAACUGUUGCCUGAGCACACAAUGUGCCCUGAUUUCUGGCCCUCUGGCCACAGUACUGUGCCUAAUCUGUGUACUAUGCUUUUUUUCUCAGUCCACAAGCUAAGUGUUCAUAACUAGAUGAAUUGUAGACUAGUAACAUUGGAUGCUUUUAAAUGUUCGCUUCUUUUUAAACAAAAACUAAAACCCAGAACUGAAUUUUGAGGUGGAUUUUUAAAUAAAAAAAAAUUGUUUGA